GGAGGCAGCUGCUGCACAAGAUGGUACUCGUCUGUCAAUUUCUGGUGCAGGAGCAAGUGGACCAGCAGUUGAAUCUUACCACAACAUUAGCAAUGGGAUAGGAUCCUUCACCACAUCCAAGUAGUUUGGGGUAGUAUUUAGGACACUCAGCAUGACUGUGACUGCCACUGCUUACACUUUGUAAACCGCUUAGGGAGCAAUAUAGAAAUGUACUUGCUAUUGCCAUUGCUUCUCUCUGACAUUUGCACAAUCAAAGAAUCAGGAGGUAUGUAUUGUAUUACAUUAAUCUGUAAAUGCAAACAGCCACAUUGAAUCCCCUCUUUAAUCUGGGACAAGGAGCAAUUGUGCUGUGCCUUUUUCUUUUCAAGUACUAAAUCUAGCCUAUGCCAACCUUGCAUGUCUUGCCAAGUAUUCAGGCCACUGCUCUGGAGAGAGCACCCACUCAUUCCCAAGAGUUUCCGUUUCAUUACAGCUUCUUUGCUUUUUUGCCUACUUUUGCAGCAAUCCCAGAUCGAGGGGAGAAGAAGCACAGCAAAAAAACAGAAAACAGGCUGUGCCAACACUGAGCUUCAGAUGAGAUGAUUUGCAUUCAUGUAAACAUUUUGAAGUUUCAGAGGGGAAGAUGGAAUAACUGCAUAACGAUCUUCAUAGAAUCAAUUUACAUCACUCUGAUUUAUGUGUUCCAAAGAAGCACUCUUGGUCUCGGCCAUUUCAAGUCUGCAGUUGGCCAGCGUUUUAGCCAUCUGCCUAACUUUUAUAAGAAUCAAGGGAGCUCUUUUACCCAGUUUCCACAAAAACUUGGCAGACUUUUUGACCCGUUUAGCCAGAAGGUGGGACUUAGGCAAAUUACCAUCUUGGGUAAGACUUGUCUCUGUCAGAAUCGAAGUGGUGCCACAUGCUAUCUGUUCCCUGCUUUCUGGAACUUUGCUAAAGAUAGCUGGAUCCCUGCAGUCUAUCAUUCCGCUUUUUGUACCUUGGUUUCCAUUCUGAUGUGUAAGGAUGGCAACCAGACACAAGCAAGUAAUGCAGAAUGGAACGUCCAAGGAAAAUAAUGCAUUGCAGAGGAUCUUGCAUCUUCCAGUGGUGAAUUCUGCUUGCAACAGCCUUCGGAAGACAUAUGCCACAACCAAAGAAGCUCACCCGCUGAUGGCAUCUCUAUGCUCAGCCUAUGAACGAGGACUCCAAAGUGCCAGCUCCCUGGCUGCAUGGAGCAUGAGGCCUGUGGUACAGAAACUGGAACCCCAGUUUGCAGUUGCGAAUGUCCUGGCUUGUCAAGGUCUGGAUCACUUGGAGCAGAAGAUUCCUGCCCUCCAUAAGCCUCUGGAGGAAGUUACUUCUGAUCUAAAGGAGUCCAUCUUAACUCAGAUUCAAAAGUCCAUGCACAUUAUUGUGGGUAUCUUGAACAAAGCCAUGGGGCUGGCUGCCGAAAACUAUGAGCGGCCCAAAAACAGUGUGAAGGCCACUGUGGAGUAUGCCAGGAGCAGCCAAGUGAGUCAGGUGGCAGAAGCUGGAGCAGAAGCAGUGACUGGGAAGCUGGAAAAGCUGAUGGACUUCUUCCUUCCAAAAGAAGAGACCCGGGCAGCUUGUGGGCCUCCAGGGACAUCUGUGCCAAAGGAGAUAGCUCCAUCCACCACCUUUGAGAAGGUGACAGCCUUAGCUAUUUCUGUUUCCCAGCAUGUCUACAAACAGACAGUCCAAACAAUCCAGCUUGUGAAAGACAAAGGCCAGGAACUGGCUACAUGGAUCCCAGGUUUGGAUCAUUUGGCCAGACAGAGCAGAGCAAAAAUCCAGUGGGUGCUCUCUGGUGGCUGGAACACAGCAACUGACUGGCUAAGGAAAAGUCAGAGGCGGUUACAAAAGAAAGAGGAAGAAGCAAAGAAGGAAGGCGACCAAGCAAGAGAGACAGCAAAGAGUACAAUGGGAAGGCUGGCUCAGAACCUGCAUACAGCCUAUCUCUCCACUGUCUUGCUGGUAAAGAAUGCUCCUUUCAUUGCCUGGAACACAGCUGGCCAGCUUCUCCAUGUCUCCACACGCGACACUGUGUCCGAGGCAGGUGCAAAAGUGGGCAUCUUGCAAGGGAUUGCAGGCAAGCUGCUGGGAACCAUAAUCCACUAUGUACCUCUUCCAAACGCCUUGGAGGAAGAAGAGGAAACUGCAACCUCAGAUCAGGUUGAGACAAGCCAGGAAGAAGAUGAUGCUUGGCUCGUUGCCACUCUUCGGCUACAAGAGAGGAGGCGAUCCAGUCGAGGUCACUACCCCAUUCCCUUCCUCAACCUUGAUGAUCCUCCUGAGCAAGCCCCAUCCCAACGCCAUCGGAGCCCAGCUUUUGAGGCUGAGUAUACUGGAUCCCGCAAAUCUGCUUUCUCCCCAUACAGGGAGGGGGCUGGCAGGCGGAGAUGGAGCGAAGGGCUGUUCCGGCCCCCACCAGAAGUUACAUACACCAGAGCUCAGUACACAGGACUCUAUAGCACUACCCCAAAGAAAGAUUGAGCCAAUGGUGACAUAAAUCAACUACUUCAUCUACUGCUUUUUAACUGCUUUGGUUCAAAGGGGACAUUAAGGGAAAUGAGAAUUCCCUGAAAUAAACCCAUUUGUCCUCCCACAACAGUUAGCCACACAAAUUAAUCCUGUAUUUAUUGUUGUUGCUGUUCUUGUUGUUUUUACUGUGUGCAUUCAAGUCUUUUCUGACUUAUGGCACCCAAAGGUGAACCUAUCAUGGGGUUUUCUGAGGCUUAAAGGAUGCAAUUUGGCCAAAGUCACCCAGUGAAAUAGUAUAUGACAGAGAUGAAGACAAUCACAGUAGGGAGUCUCUGGCCAUAUUGGGUAUAUUGGGGAAGUUACAUUUUUGGACUACAGUGUCAGAAUCCAUCAGCCAGCCAGCUUUACUCCUCCCCAAUUCCCAAAAAGGGGAGAAAAAAGGGGAGCAAAGUUCGGAAGGCUAUCUUCUCUUAGCAGUUUAUCACACGAGGUUUAUCCCAUGCAGAAACGGGAUUUAAAGGGGGGAAAUCCUGCAAAAGCAGGAUCGUUUUCACAUGACAUCAUGCAUUAAUGGGCACAGAAAGUGGACAAAUCCUGCC